ACUGACCACACUAAGCUUGAAGAAGAAGAAUUAGCUUCCAGUCCGCUGCGUGCUUACCGCAGCUAGCUGCUGAUGGAAUAAUUUAUUAUUCUUUACGUGACUUUAAUGAGUUGAGAGCUUAGGUCAAACCGGUCCUGUUGUCGGUGUAGCUUUAACUCCAACUAUGGCUCAUCUGACUGAAAACCCCGCUGAUAAAGAAAGGUUCAUCUGCGUCUAUCCCAUCUACAUCAACAGCAAGAAGACGCUGGCUGAGGGACGCAGGAUCCCCACAGAGAAGGCGGUGGAGAACCCGUCCUGCGCAGAGAUCCGUGACGUUUUGACAGCUGCAGGGAUGAACGUCUACGUGGAGAACAAGAUGCAUCCCAGGGAGUGGAACCGGGACGUCCAGUUCAGAGGUCGGGUCAGAGUCCAGCUGAAGCAGACGGACGGCAGUCUGUGUCAGGACAAGUUCAGAUCCCGGAAGGACGUGAUGUUCUACGUCGCUGAGAUGAUCCCCAAGCUAAAGACUCGAACCCAGAAGAGCGGAGGAAGUGACAGCAGCGCCCAGCAGGGCGAGGGCGGCAAGAAGAGCAAGAAGAAGAAGAAAUGACCUCAAACUUUCUUCUUCUUGAGGUUGAAUCUGAGUUGGACGUCGGACUGAACUAAAUCCUGAAGCUCCAGCUGCUUGUUUUCAUUUUCCUGGACGUUUAAAAUCUUCUGCAGAAUUUAUCUGUUAAAUAUUCAUAGUUCCAUCUUUAACUAUACGCUGGAUGUUUAUCAUGCAGCAGAUUUCAGUUCUUUAGUAGAAGCAGAAUAAAACGUUUUUGUUAUGAAUCUUUAAACAAACGUUUCAUUUCAUCUCCUGGUUUCAGCCAAACAUCUUUUUAAUUUUUGUUUGUUUGAGCUUCACUGUUUCCUCGUUUGCUACAGAAAGACGACCUGAACCUUUAACUGACCGUCAGCCGAAGUUCAGAUGUUUUUCAUUUCUAUGAAAAUUUCUGUUCAUUUUUACAAACAGGAAAUUUAAAGUUUUCUGUUGUUUAAAUCUCAAAAAUAACAAAAAACUUUAAAUUUCAGUAAAACAGUUUGAAACUGCCGAACAAAAACUGACCUAAAAUAAUAAUUUAAAAAAAUGCAAACAUUAAAGACUUUGACUAGGCCGUUCUGUUGUAAAUUUGCUGGUGGACUAUUAUGGGAUGUUAACGGAGAACAAGAAUCAGUUCAUGUUUGCUGUAGCUUUAUAAUAACGACCACUGAAUUGAACGCUGCUUUAACUCUGACAAACAUACUUGACCUCUGACCUCUCACUGCUAAGCUAGCUGCAAUAUUACGGGAACGCUUCUUGUUGGAAAUAUCAAAAUAAAAGUACUUCCUUUUCCAGUUA